AUGCUGAAUCCGCCGAGUGCAGCAGGGCGAAAGAGGAGCCCCAGAUAUGGUCAACUCAACAUGGAGUUCUAUGACACACUGGAAGCUCUUCCGGUGGACGCUCUGCCACAGAAGCCACCCACGGGCACGUACAUGUGCCGCAUCAAUCGGGCUCCGGGCGAUCUCAGAGGAUUGAUCCUACUCAACCACAAGAACAAAACCCUGCGCUACAAGUUCCGGUCAGAGCACGACAUUGCGCAAGCUGUCUGCGGACUUGUGCAGCAAGCCGUGUCGAAUGCCCUGGAUGUAGCGGUGCUUUGGGGUAUCCGCAGCGCUCGCUACACCCCCUUGGUGGGUCCGCCUUCCGAAUUCUGGAGCUACGACCCAAAGUUCGAGCCCCGGAAUCCGUGGGCACAACGAGCCAUUCGGGACAUGUGCACCGAUCUACCAGAAAGUGAACUCUACAGCCAACCUUUCCCCUGGACGAUCAUCUCGGGCCAGGUGCUGGAGCUCGGCGACUUCAUCCCGCAUCAUCCAGGGGGUCCUUUGAUUCGCCGCGCCGUCGGCGAAGAUGCCACGGACCUGUUCCUGUCGCAUCAUGCUCCCUCCAGCAGGGCAGCAGAGGUUCUGCGUCGCUGCAGAAUUGGCAGCCUGGAAGGUCACGAGCCCAUGGAGAUCUCAGAGCUGUGGAGGGCACGGCCCUUGCAGAAACUCAUUUGGGAGCGCUUGUGCAGCGCGCAGAUAGACCUCCGGGCCAAACAGCCCCUUGCGGAAGGACUGGCCUUCCUGAUGCUGUUCGCCUUCCUCCUUUGGGCCUGGCUUUGCUAUGCUUGCGGAUGGUGGCGUUUGGACGUGGCUCUUGCCUGGUUCUGGUGGCGACAUUUGGAUGCAGGACUGCAUGCAUCCAUGCAUGGUGACUUCAGACACAGCCUCUGGAUGCAGAAGGUCUUGCGCCGUCUCUACGGCAUGCUGUCGCACCGGGCGCUGGAGUACUACUGCGGUGCCCACGAGCUCAAGGGUAUGGGCCUGAGCAAGCAUUGGUGGCAUCACAUCUUCCCAAACGAUCCAGGUCGCGAUCCGGACUGGAGCACCAUGACGGGAGUCGCCUGGGUCAGGCGUCAUCGCAGUGCCCAGUGGCAUCCUUGCCAUCUAUGGCAGUGCUGGUACUGGCUGCCGAUUGCGACCAUCGUGGAGCCACUCUUGGAGCUCAUUCAGGUGGCUUGCUCGGCGAUGGAGGCCUUGGCAGCACUUCUCGAGCCGCCGAUGGCCGGGGACUUCGCCCCCCGCGCGGCGCACGCGGCGGGACUUUGGCUGGAGAUCUUCGUCAAUCCCGGCUUCCAGCUGGCCGCCUUCUGUGCCCAACCUUUCUGGAAGGCGCUCCGCACGUUAAUCUUGGCUCGGGCCGUAUCCCGUCUUGUGCUUUAUCCCUUCUCAGAGGUGCAGCACUACAUGCCGGAGCACAUUGAUCUCCAGGACAAGGGAGAAGAGUGGGUCGUGGGGCAGCUCCGGCGCACUGCAAACUUGAGGUUUCUGUCCUGGCCCGCUUGGCUAUUGGACUUCCUGAUGUUCCACGGGGACAGCCAUCAGAUCGAGCACCACUUAUGGCCAGCUAUGAGCUUCGUCCAGUACUCUCGCGCGUCGCGGGUAGUACGAGCCGCCUGUGCUGAUCUGGGGCUGCCCUACCACAGCGUCGGCUAUUGGGACGGCUAUCGAAAAAUCCUGGGCCAGAUCUCCGAUCAUGCGGCACCUUCGACCCCGGGCGGAAGCCGCGCAGGGCUGCGGAAGCGAUGCCUAUCCGAUGUGGCGGCAUCUCCUGCUGACCAUGGAAAAGCAGAGGAGGCAUCAUCUCCGGCAGAUCGUCCCGAUGAGUUCCCGCGUAGGACUCGCCAGAGGACGGCUGCGGGCUCCAGUGCUUCCGAGUCCGAUGCCUCCGAGUCCGACUGA